AUGUUGAGCCUUGUUUCUCCAGAAAAACAUGAAGGAAUAGACUGCUUUGUGAAGCUUCAGGAGAUCUUGAAAAGUCAUGUCAAAUCUAAGAGGGUUUUACUUAUUUUGGAUGACGUCUGGGAGGACAAGAACGAUUGCCGAUGGAACCAAUUAUUGGCUCCUUUUCAGGCUGAGAGUGCUAAUGGCAAUGUGAUUCUUGUGACAACUAGAAAUUUCUCUGUUGCAAAGAUGAUUGGAACAACGGGGCCAAUUAAGUUAGGUGCUUUGGAAAAUGAUGACUUCUGGUUAUUGUUCAAAUCUUGUGCGUUUGGUGAUGCAAACUAUGAAUGCCUUGGAAAUCUUAGCACCAUUGGACGACAAAUAGCAGAGUUAAAGGGCAAUGCGUUAGCAGCAAUAACUGCAGGGGCACUAUUAAGAGAUCAUCUUACUGUUGACCAUUGGAGUAACGUUCUCAAGAAAGAAAGUUGGAAAUCAUUGGGACUCAGUGGGGGCAUCAUGCCUGCUUUGAAGAUUAGCUAUGAUGAGCUACCAUAUAAUUUACAACAAUGUUUCUCAUAUUGUUCUAUAUUUCCUAACAAAUAUCAGUUUCUUGGUAAGGAUUUGGUAUAUAUUUGGAUUUCUCAGGGAUUUGUAAAUUGCACUCAUUUUAGCAAGAGAUUGGAGGAGACGGGGUGUGAAUAUCUGAAUAAUUUGGUGAACCUGGGAUUCUUUCAGCAAGUUGAGAAACAACAGGACGAAGAUGGGCGUUUGGAAGAAGAAUUUUCUCCAGGCUGUCAGAUUUGGUAUUCUAUGUGUGGUCUCAUGCACGAUUUUGCGAGGAUGGUUUCAAGGACUGAAUGUGCAACUAUAGAUGGUCUACAGUGCAAUAAAAUGUUCCCAACCAUACACCAUUUGUCAAUAGUAACCGGUUCAGCAUACAACAAAGAUUGGCACGGGAACAUUCCUCGAAAUGAGAAGUUCGAAGAAAAUCUGAGAAAUAAAGUUAUAUCAGUUAGCAAAUUGAGAACAGUGGUUGUACUUGGGCACUUUGACUCUUUCUUUGUAGAAUUGUUCCAUGAUAUAUUCUGUAAGGCACAAAAUUUACGCCUGCUACAAGUAUCUCCACCACCCACUUAUCUGUUUCACGUGCCUGCAGCAUCCACUGAUUUUAAUUCCUUCAGGUGCAGCUUGGCAAAUCCUCUGCAUGUUCAUUAUCUAAAACUUGAGUUGCAUGGGACUGUACCACAAGUUUUGAGUACAUUUUUUCAUCUUCAAGUAUUUGAUGUUGGCUCAAACAUGAAUACUUCUCUACCCAAUGGCUUGCAUAAUCUUGUUAGCCUGCGGCAUCUUAUUGCACAAAAGAGAGCCUAUUCUUCCAUUGCUAGCAUUGGUAACAUGACAUCUAUCCAGGAGCUACAUGAUUUUGAGGUCCGAAUUUCUAGAGGCUUUGAGAUUACACAACUCAAAUCCAUGAAUGAGCUUGUUCAACUUGGAGUGUCUCACCUUGACAGUGUUAAAACCCAGGAGGAGGCUUAUGAGGCAGGACUAAGAAACAAAGAACACUUAGAGGAGCUUCAUUUGUCCUGGAAUGAUACAUUUUCAGAGAACGAGUCUGUCAGUGACACUAGAUCUGAAUCUUCUGUAAACAUGGCAAGAGAAGUGAUUGAGGGUCUUGAACCACAUAUGGAUUUAAAGCAUCUACAUAUAUCUGGGUAUAAUGGUACUACUUCACCAACUUGGCUUGCCAGGAAUAUCUCAGUUACCUCCUUGCAGACACUUCAUCUUGAUGGUUGUGGAGGAUGGAAAAUACUUCCUUCUUUGGAAAGUCUUCCAUUUCUUACAAAACAAAAGUUGAGCAGCAUGCGGGAGAUAACAGAAGUAUUGGUUCCUUCACUGGAGGAACUAGUUUUACUCAAGAUGCCUAAGUUUGAUCUAUUUGAGAACAAUAAUAAAUUCGAAAUCAAGCAGAGGUCAUGGUUGCCUUCUCUUAGAAAAUUAAUUCUGUGUGAUUGCCCUCAAUUGAAAGUGUUGAAGUCCCUUCCGCCUUCAACAAUCUGUUCUGAGUUACUCAUCAGUGGAGUUUCCAUGCUUCCAGAUAUGGCGGGAUCAUCCAGCGGAAAUUUAAGUAUUGAUUAUGGUAAUCAGUAUAUAGACGAUGAUAUUGAUGAAUAUUCUGAUGUGUUGAGGAUACUGGAUGGAAAGUUUUUGGCAUUCCAUAAUCUUGGAAACCUCAAAUCGAUGAACAUAUGUGGUGCGACAAACCUGAGGUCUUUUUCGUUCCAAGGUUUUAGCCAUCUCAUCUCUUUAAGGAGUUUGGAAAUAAAAGAGUGCGAAAUACUUUUCUCUUCAGAUGUGACGCAGCCUACCCUUGAAGAUAUGACAACCUUCCCUUCACUUGGAAGUCUCACUAUUGAGUCAUGUGGAAUAGCAGGGAAGCAGCUAUCUCUGAUGUUGCAACUGAAGGAAAUAUGCCCUAGAGGCAAUAAUAAAGUUAUUAUUUAUUUCCUUAUAUCAUGA